CGGCCGACUUCUAAAAUCCGGAACGUGGACCAGGCUUCAAUUAUUUAGACGGCGUUCGAUUUAAAUAUCUCCAGCUUUCCCAAAGUCUUCUGUGCAUUUCCUGUUCUGCUUUAGGUCUCGAGAAUUAAUCGGCGAAGAUUGAGUAAUGGCACUACCCAAGGCUAAGGAAAUUAUAGCUACCAACCCCGUCGUCGUCUUCAGCAAGUCAUACUGUCCGUUCUGCGUGAGCGUGAAGAAAUUGUUGACGGAGAUUGGUGCUUCCUUCAAGGCUAUUGAAUUGGACACUGAGAGUGAUGGAAGUGAGAUACAAUCUGCAUUGGCUGAAUUGACUGGACUACGCACUGUUCCGAAUGUCUUUAUUAGUGGGAAGCAUAUUGGUGGCUGUGACGCAACAACUGCUAUGCACAAGGAUGGAAAUCUUGUCCCGCUGCUAACUGAAGCUGGAGUGCUUGCCAAAUCUUCUGCUUAAAGGACUCUAGAAUUGCGUGUCCUGCUAAAUAUGGUGAAAAAGGAUAAAUAAAUGCUCCUUAUUUAUUUUUAUUUUGGUUCUAUCGAUGUUUUAUUCUGCUGGUGUCUUUUCUUAAGAACUUGUGGAUUGAUAUGAUGUUUAUUGUUGAAGUUAUGUGUGCAUCAGUUCUAAGAUAAAUUUACAUUGUCGUGAGUCUCUAUGCAUUGGAAGUUUUUUCA